UCGCUCUCACAUCAGCUGAUCACCCAAUCCUCGAGCAACCCAUAUCAAGCUCAACUCAGCUUCCCAUGGUGGCGACGCAGGACCGCCGCCGUCUCCGCCCCGCCCUUCCCGCUGAUCCCCACGGAGUCAUCGACGAAGCAGAGUCUAGCUCGCACGACCGUCAACGUUCCUUCUCCUCCUCCUCCCGCAUCUCACGAGAGCGGGAGCAGUCCGUCAUCGUUGCCGCACUGAUCCACGUCGUCUCUGGCUACCCGGCGGCCCCCGCCGAGCUCUCAAUAGCUGGCGCCUGCGGCUUAUGCGGCAUUGGCGGAUGCCUGGGCUGUGACUUCUUCAUCUCGGCCGCAGAUGACGAGGUCCCGAUGCCGUUUUCUGUAACAGAAACGACAAUUGGCAGAGGUGGGAAGCAGGUGAGGAAGAGGAAGAAGAAGGGCAAGUACAGGGGAGUGCGGCAGCGGCCGUGGGGGAAGUGGGCGGCGGAGAUCCGGGACCCCAGGCGGGCGGUGCGGAAGUGGCUGGGGACUUUCGAAACGGCGGAGGAGGCGGCGCGGGCCUACGACAUGGCCGCCAUCGAGUUCCGUGGCCCGCGGGCCAAGCUCAAUUUCCCGUUCCCGGAGCAAUAUCCAGCUCAGGUCGACGGAGACCACGAGACUAGCCAGUCCACCUCGCUCUCUUCUUCCAAUCCACCACAGCAGCAACCAUCCGGUGCCCAACACAAGCAGCAGGAUUCGAUGGAUCAUCAAGAGCAGGAAUUGACGGAUAUGUGGGCAGGGCUGCAGGAUCUGAUGUCAUUGGAUGACGGACAACUCUGCGUUGGCUUUAGUUAGACCAUGUCCAAUAUUCCUCUGCUGUUUCCAAGCGAAUCUGGAACUGUUUUACUCUUUGUUUCAGAGACAAAAACAAUGAACAUAUGCUGAAACAGUAAAAAGAGUCGAAAGAAAGUAAUUAGUUUGGGAUGACCGAUGAGGGCGAGCCCGAAUCGGAGAUUCCAAGGAAACGUGUUCGAUCCGCCUCGCGUCCGACACGGUGAUUCGCCCGCGUCGGUGAAUGCCGGUAAACCCAUGCGGUACAUACGUAUGGGAUGUAUUCUAAGACGAGGUAGAACAGGUCAGCGCUCUCUGUGCCUCCAGAAUCGGGUCCCACCACGUGUACCCAGACCACUUUCUAUUUUUAUGUGCCGAGGCUAUUUUCUCUGGUCUCUCUCCUUGUAGUUAUAUAAAUAUAUAUUGUAUAAUUUUUAUAAUAAGAAUAAAUACAUGACCUUAAAUCACAAGAU